CUAGACUUAACCGAAUCUAGAGGGUGCACUGGUCCAAUUUUAGGUUGUCCAAAUCCAAGAUCCAAAACCCAAAUCCCAAAAAAGUCCACUACUCCAGUAGCACUCCACGUUUGAUAAACGUCGAUUCGACGAAUCCUCACUAUUCUAUCAGUCAGCCAGUCCAUCUCUCUCCCCCUCCUUCCCUCAAACAUCCAAUAGUUUGUUCAGCGAUGGCAGGAUUCCGGUUGGGGCCAGAUGACUCGGAGAUAUCACAGCAGAGCCGAGCAGCACCGCCUGAUCUCGUCUCCGACGACGACCGCUCAAUCGCCGCCGACUCAUGGUCCAUCAAGAGUGACUACGGAAGCACUCUCGACGACGACCAGCGCCACGCCGACGCUGCCGAGGACCUUUCUGCUGCUAACCUUCGCGCCCCCUCCGAGUACAGUUCUGACAAGGAGGAACCAGAUGCUGAAGGAGUGACAUCAAUGCUAGGUCUUCAGAGUUACUGGGAUGCUGCAUAUGCCGAUGAGUUGGCGAAUUUUCGGGAACAUGGUCAUACCGGUGAAGUUUGGUUCGGAGCUAAUGUCAUGGAAGUUGUCUCCUCUUGGACCAAAAGCUUAUGCAUUGAUAUUUCUCAAGGUCGCACACCAAAUCAUGAUAAUAAUAAGUCUGAUCCUGUGGUACAAGGUAAUAAUAAGUCUGAUCCUGUGGAACAAGGUGAUAAGUAUCUUUCAGGCUGGAGUGUACUUGACAUCGGGACUGGCAAUGGAUUGCUUCUUCAAGCACUUUCCAAGCAGGGGUUUUCUGAUUUAACAGGAACUGAUUAUAGUGAAGGGGCGAUUGAUCUCGCUCGCAGCCUUGCUGAUCGUGAUGGAUUGCCAAACAUUAAUUUUUUGGUUGAUGAUAUUCUAGAGACCAAGUUGGACAGGCAGUUCAAACUAGUUGUGGACAAAGGAACCUUGGAUGCCAUUGGAUUGCAUCCAGACGGUUCUAUCAAAAGGGUAAUGUAUUGGGAUUCCGUUUCAAAAUUGGUGGCUCCUGGUGGAUUAGUAGUGAUCACAUCAUGUAACAACACAAAGGAUGAAUUGGUUCAAGAAGUGGAAAGUUUCAAUCAAAGAAGUGUCAUCCAGGAACACGAAACAAGCAGAGAUCUUCCUAAGUUUCAAUACCUUAGUCAUGUCCGCACAUAUCCAACAUUCGCGUUUGGUGGAUCUGUUGGAUCGCGCGUUGCCACUGUGGCAUUUCUCCGGAACUGAAUCACUAAUCCUUGCGAGUUAUAGUUACGUUGCGCAAUGAGAAAGCACAUGUACUGACUUAUGCAAGUUCUUUUGUUUGUUUUGAGAACCAUGAAACACUCAUUCAUUUUAAGCUGUUUCUUCUGUCGGGGUUUCUGCGUGUUACGCAAAAUUUAUACAGAAAAUGUACAUUGUCGAUCGAAGUCACAGUAAGAUGGAAAGAAAGCUACGUGAUGAGGCUGAUCGCCCCUUAGAAGUGAAGUCCUAUUUCAGACUUUUUGAACAGGGAGGAAGUGAAAAGAAAUUUUAGAAGUUCCAAUUUCAAGUAGAAAGGGUUGCUCUUACUUUUCUGUCGUUGCUAGUUCCUGUAAUGUUUUUUGGUAGUUUACAAAGUGGGUUAUCGUUUCCUCUAAUCCUACUCGUCUUAUAAAGUUGAGCUACAGGUUCUAUACA